GGCAUCGCCAAGAGAGCUACAACUAUCAUAUUUACAUCAACACGAGAAUGAGUUGGACCUGCGUUUGUAUGGUACAGUUAUUAGUGAGUUAUCUGGGCAAGUGUGCCGAACAUUCCAAGUAAGAUUUGAAGCACUUGGUGACGGAAACGUAACUGCGGAUAUUCUUGGGGGUAACUUACGAUAUGAAGGGCCAACCGUUUCAAAUACAAGUAGAAACGUCUCCACUACUAUAGAACAGUCAACAGCUUAUGAGGAAAUGUCUGACGGUAGUGGGAGCAGUUCUGAGGAAGAACAAGUCGACGAUACUAGUGAGGUUGACCUUACUGCUGCAGAGACCGUCGCUUUUACUGGAGAACAUCACGGGAAUGCACACAGCCUUUGGCUCCAUUUGCUUUCCAAC